AUGUCCGAUCACCGGGCGAAGCGGCCGUCCGACGGCGCAGCCACGGUGGCAUCGCCGGCGGCGAAGCGCGCCCGUGACCCGUCCGCGCCGGCGUUACCCACGAACAAGGAAGCUCCCGACAUGCCCCCCAAGAUUCGCAUCUUCUGCGAAAUCCUGGCCUCCCGCGCCGACGACGCGAAACUGAUAGCCGAGCUCGACAUGGCCGACAUCCGCGUAACCACCGCUGACGUCGAGCAGGUGCUCCGCUUCUCCUACGCGCACCCGCGCGCCGCCGCCACCUUCUUUCGCUGGGCGGGAUACAAGCACCUCGGCCACGAGCACUCCCCCUACUCGUGGAACCUCCUCGUCGACAUGCUCGGUCAAAAUCUCCUCUUCGAGCCCAUGUGGGACACCGUCAAAUCCAUGCACUCGCAGCGGCUGCUCUCGCUCGCCACUUUCGCCUCCAUAUUCUCCUCCCUGGCGGCGACCCCCGGCGGUUCCCCGCUCAAGGCGUUCAUGGACAUGCCGCGCUACGGCAUGAUCCGCGACACGCCAGCGCUCAACUCGCUCCUCUCCGCGCUCUGUCGUGCCAACCGCCUCGACGACGCCCGCGCCGCGAUCCCAGUAGCCCGCGCCGAGGCCGGCACGCCCUCGGAUGCCGACUCCUACGCCAUCCUCCUCGAGGGCUGCGAGGCUGCCGCCGACCCGCGGGUUGCGCGCGAGGUGUUCGACGAAAUGGUGCAAGCCAUUGGCUUUGUUCCUGACAACGUGCCUGCCUAUGACUCCUUCCUCACUACCCUUGUUUCAAGCGACUCCUCCACGGCGCUACCAGAAGCAAUGCAGUACCUGCUUGUCUUAAGCAGGCGCAGCUGUUCGCCAGGAGAGAAGUUCUUCCGUGCUGCUCUCACUGCACACCUUAAGGCACGACAAUUGCUCGGUGCCAUGGACCUCUGGGAUGACUUUGUUGGGCGUCGAGGACUUGUCCCAGAUAUGGAAAUGUAUAACACAAUGAUCAUGCUGCAGGGCAGUCUUGGGCAGGCUGAGGUGAUAGUGAAUUAUCUCGACGAUAUGAUCUCCAAUGGAGUGUUCCCUGAUACCAACACAUACAAUGUGGUCCUCCAGCUUUUGCUGAAGGGAAGGAAGCUCCGAGAGGCAGCUGCAAUAUUUAGUGAGAUGGUCAAGAACGAAUGUUGGCCAAACGAGGAAAAUUGUUCACUUGCACUUCGCAUGUUUUUGGAUACACGCUAUUGGGAGACUGGGAUCAAAGUCUGGAGCUGCAUGGUGGAGAAUGGCUUGCCGCCUUUAGAGGAGUGUGGUAACAUGCUUGUAUCAAAGCUGAAGGAUGACAGGCUACCUGAGGCAUGCAAAUAUGCAGAAGACAUGAUUGAUCGGGGUAUCAAGUUGAGUUCAUCGACACUGUCCAAGCUGAAGCAGUGCCUGCAGAAGAUUAAGAAAGGAGAGAUCCAUGAUCACCUACUUAGAAAAUGGAAGGCACAUUAG